UAAUGUUAAUAUUAAUCUUCACUUGUUUGUUACAUAUAGGAUUAGCAAAUCAUGAAUAAUGUGUGGAAUAAUUGAAAUUAUACUUAAGUUUACCAAUACCAUUAUAAUUUGCAGUAGCACAUAGAUAAAUAGAAAUGUCAGGAGAUUGGGCAAAUAAAUUUGGAUUAUAUGAUAUGUGUUUGAGAGAAGAGAAUCAUUAUUCAACAGUUAUGGUAAAAGCAGAACCAAUGACAUUUUUAUAUGGGUUUUGUCAUACAAAUAUCUGUUAAGCAAAAGAUUUCAAUGCACCAGAUGCAUAAUAGAUAAUAAAAGAUAAAUUAGAAAAAAGCAUAAUUUCAAUAUUAUUACCUGUAAUAUAUUUAUAUAUAUAAUAUAAGAUAAAUUUAGGAACUGCUAGUUAUACAUUUAUUGAUCCAAAUACAUAUUAUCCAGAUUUCAGCAUAGGCGCAUAUUCUACUGCGAUAAUCAUAUUUAUUCUUGUUUGUUUAGGUUUGAUGGAUCCAUACAAAAGAUUACUUGAUUUAUUUUUGGAUUCGGAAAUUAAAAAACCAAAAGGUAUCAUUGCUGAUUUUUCUAUAAUUGAAAACUAUAAAAAAUUGAUUGAUCUUAAAACAAUAGAUCCUAAUUUAGCCAUUUUUAAUGGAGUAAGAUCUAUUGCAUUUAUGAUGGUUGUUUAUGGACAUUCAGCAUUAAUGACUAUUUAAUCUACAUACUAAAUGGAAUUAUUAUUAGCAUUAUAAUCUUAAAGAGCAAUAAUUACAGUGGAUAUGUUAUAUUCAGUUGAUAUUUUUUUUUGGCUUGGUGGAUUUUUUAUGGCAUUUGUAAUGUGUGAAUCGAAAAGAGCAAAAGCUUUAGCUAAAAAUCCUGUUUCAAUACUUUUAGUUAUUUUGCAUAGAUUAUUGAGAAUAUGGCCUUGUUAUAUAAUAUGUAUAAUGUUUAAUUCUUACUUAUUACCUUAUUUUGGUGAAGGUCCAAGAUGGUGGUAAGCUACUACUUAUACUGGUUGUACAGCAGGAGCAUGGAGAAAUCUUUUAUUUAUUGAUAAUUUCUUUCAUGACUGGUAAUUAUGUUUUGGAUGGGGUUGGUAUCUCACUUCAGAUAUUUAAUUAUUUAUUAUUUGUUUGAUUCCUAUGGCUAUUUAUGCUUUUGGAUACAAAAGACUAUCUAAAUUUUUAGUUAUUGGAAUGAUUGUAGCUUCCAUUAUUUAUGGAAUUUAUAUAUGUUUUUUAUACAAUUUCUUAAUUCCUGCCAAAAAUACUGAUAAUAAAGAUUUUUAUUAUAAUUACUAUGUUAAUAGUUUUGCUAGAUCACCUCCUUAUUUCUUUGGAUUAGCUAUGGGUAUGAUGUAUAGAGAAUUUAAAUAAAAAGAACAAAACAAUUUAUUAGCAAUACUCCAUGAAAAAGCAAAAGAUACUAAAUUCACAUUAUUCUUUUAAAUUAUUUGCUACCUUUUAGGAUUUGGGAUUAUUUCAUGGUUAAUAUUUGGAUGGAAACAUGCAUUUUUAUCUUCUGAUCCAACAUAUUGGCCUUAUUGGUUUCAACACAUCUAUAGUGCUCUUUGUAGAUUGAUGUUUGUAUUUGGAGUUGCAUGUUUGUGUUUACCAAACAUGAUAGGAAUUUACGAUAUGUAUAUUAAUUUAUAGAUAAUCUUUAGAUUCAACAGAAAAGCAAUGAACAAUUCUUUGUUUAAGUUUGUUGCAAAAAUAUCAUUUGCUUGUUAUCUGAUUCAUUAUAUGGUUUUGAUAAUAUUAAGUUACACAUUUUAUAUCACACCAACUUAUGUUACAAUAGAAGUGAUAUAUCUGUUUGUUGGAUGUACAAUAAUAACACUGAUCGUUGGAAUGAUUCUAACAUUAUUAGUUGAAAUGCCUUUUGGAACUUUAUAAGUAAAGUUAAUAGAUUACAUUACCAAACCAAAGAGGAAAUAAUAAACUUUAUUGGGUGGAUGA